UAAAUAUUUUAUAACCCACAAAGUAUUGGCACACACAUGCAUCGUAGUCUGUCAAGAUGAUACACUUUGGGAAAAUAUUACUGUUACUAUGUUUCAUUUACGUAGCAAACGCCACCAAAUACCACACAUACAAAGGAUUUAAUCAAAAUAGUACAUUUCCGCCUGAAUUUUUAUUUGGCGUAGGAACAUCAGCACUUCAAGUUGAAGGAGGAUGGAACCAAGGAGGUCGUGGCUGGUCAUUAUGGGACUACUAUAUAUUCACUGAUCCUGAAUUUAUUUUCGAUGGUACCACCCAUGAAGUUGCAGCGGAUUCAUAUAACCAAUAUAAGAGAGACAUUAGCCUACUGAAGGAGCUGGGUGUGAAUGUAUACAGAUUUUCCAUAUCAUGGCCCAGAAUACUACCUCUCGGCACACCGGAUUAUGUUAACCCUGAAGGAAUAGCAUACUACAAUAACCUUAUCGAUGAACUUCUGGCCAAUGGCAUAACACCAAUGAUAACUAUUUACCACUGGGAUCUCCCUCUUCGCUUAGCUGAACUUGGUGGCUGGUUGAACGAAGAUAUUGCAAAUUGGUUAGGAGAUUUUGCCAGAGUUGUUUACCAAAAUUUUGGGGACAGAGUAAAGACUUGGCUAACAAUAAAUGAGCCAUUUAUUAUCUGUAGCCUUGGCUAUGGAUAUGGCGUCUUCCCACCCAGAGAUAUCACUCCUGGUGAAGGCUUCUACGAAUGCGGUCGCAAUGUGCUUCUAGCUCAUGCGAGAAUGUAUCACAUUUAUCACGAUGAGUUCAAAUCGCAAGGUGGCAAGGUCGCUCUGAUCUUCAGUACCGAUAUGGCCUACGCUGUCACGGAUUCUCAUGACGAUGCGGAAGCAGUUAAAGAUUUUCUCGCCUUUACGCUGGGACAGUAUGCACAUCCAAUCUUCUCACCGCAAGGCAACUAUCCGCAGCGACUCAUCGAAAGAGUUGGCAACGCUAGUUCUCUCCAAGGUUAUAAGCAAUCCCGCCUAAGACCCUUCACGCCUGAACAGAUAAACUAUAUCAGAGGAACUUCAGAUUUUUUCGCCCUGAAUAGUUACUCCAGUUAUUAUGUAUACAGAAAUGAUUCGGUGAAGGAACUUCAUGCAGUGCCUUCGUUUGAUGAUGACAUGUACGUCGGUUAUUACGCUGUACCCCAGGAGACGACAGGGGAGAGUAUGUGGAUAUAUGGAUACGCCACAGGGCUAUACGAUCUCCUCAUUUACCUUAAGAAGGAGUACAAUGAUCCUGUUAUAUACUUUACUGAAAAUGGUUCGUCCGAUGAACUGGGCUUCUACGAUGAAGAAAAAGUAGAUUAUUACAGAGGCUAUCUAAAUGCUCUCUUGUAUGCUAUCGAUGAGGGUGUAGAUGUGAGGAUGUAUUGUGCCUGGAGUCUAAUGGAUACAUUUGAGUGGAAUCGUGGAUAUUUAGUGAGAAUGGGUCUGUACGAACUGGAUAUUAAUGACCCCAACAGGCCGGUAUUUCCUCGGAAAUCAGCCUUAGUAUACAAGGAAAUUAUAAGAAGCAGAAAGAUUGAUCCCGACUACAAUCCUGAACCAAAUGAUUUGUAAAAUUUUUGUACACAUACAUUUGUACUUAUUGACAAAAUUUAAUAAAUCCGAAGUUAAAAUUA